CCGGUGUGUAUAUUUGUCUACAUCCCGUUCUGCCCGUCCGCCCCAUGCCCCUCCUCCGCUUCUGCCCCCUGCACAUACGCAAAGGCAGCAAACAAAAUACGAUGGUGUGCACAGGCGACCGUCUGCCUGCACCACACACUGACCUCUGCGUCGGUGGUGUGCGUCCGGAUCCCGUCGGCCUCCCCUGCUGCAGGGGGCGAUGCAUGCGCGUGUGUCGGCUGCUCUGCCCCGAUGCGGUGGAUGGGAGGAUGGCCGACGUACUGGCUGAGCAGCCCUCGACUCAGCACUCCCCGCAUCAACUGCAGGGAGGGAGCAAAGAAGCGGAGACACUUGCGUGCUACCUACCGGGAGUGGAGUGUGUGUACGCUGGUUGGUUACCAGGGGGCUGUUUCGCGCAACAGCCGCAGUAUUGUAUGUGUGUGAUGGCUGCAGCAGGCCGGUGCUGGCGGACGGUGUGGGUCCACGCGGCAACGGCGGAGGGUAGCAGCUCUUGUGUUGCUGCUGCUGCUGCUGGUGGGGCUGCUGGUGGGGCUGCUGCUGCUGCUGUUGGUAUUGGUAUUGGUUCUCGGCCCCGCUGCCAUCCCCACCGUGCCCCAGUGGCACUGGCAGGGUGUCAAUGGGCGACUGUGCGAGAGAUGUCACGGGUGAGACCACCGUCCCACCCUCCUGGCUGGCCUUGCGGAUCCGAAUCGACUCGAGACGCUGGAAAUAUGCCGCCUCCUGCACAUCCAUCGGGAGAGACACACACAGAGAGAAAGGGUGUGGUGUGUGGGGAGGGGAGGACGGGUGGGAUGGGAUGGGUGUGUGGGAAUGGGAAGGGGCGGCACCUCACCUGUCGGGUGAGGUCAUCUAGUUCCUCAAGGGUGAGGUUCUCCAACUCCUCAAUGGGCACCUGGUGGACAGCACAGCACAUACAUAGGAUUGAAAUGAAUGCAUCAGUCAGUCAGUCAGUCAGUCAGUCAACACACAAAUCGUAAGUAUGUCUGUGUUUGUGUGUAUGUCGGCGCUCUCUCUGUCUUGUUUUGUCUUCUUGCCUUUUCCCCCGUCGGUGUCUGCCUGCCGAGACCAGACAUAGAGCGGACACGCCCCACGCCCACCACACCAUCUGCACACAAGCAGAUACAUACGCAGCCAGGCACACCCACACCGGCACAUGUGCAUCAGUCAGUAGGCACGUGUCGUAUGCACCACUUCAUGUCCGUGUCGUACCGUCCUUCCGUGCAGGAGCGGGAGCAGCCUUGAGCGAGCGGUUGCGGGCGCGGCCGGUCGGGAGACCCUCUGGGUCAAAGCGACAGCCGCAUGAUCAUGAACACACGUAUGUAUUCUGUGUCUCGUCACAUGCCACUGACCAGGCCGUUUGGGUGGCGGACCCCUGCUGCUGCUGGCGAUCGAGCCCCCCUCGCCGCAACGGGAAGACGUCGUCGACAUCUGACCUCAACAGAACACGCCAUGCACCACACAUGGCCACACAUCCCAUCACACAUGCACAUCACACCCAUUCCCCCCUCCAGACGAGACGCCCACCCACCCCACCCGUGUGAGGGAUCGUGCGCUCUGGACGCUCUGCAGCUCCUGCUCGGUCUCACGCUGGUGCGCCUGCGAAUUCUGCAACCAUGCACGCACGGCAAACAAGAAGGGCAAAAAAGGUACGACAACGACUCAUGGUCGGUCAAUAUUGGACAUACCCAUGCCACACCCCCCACACCCACCGACCUGUAGCCUUUCGAUCCAGAGCAGCUCCUCCGCCUCGGCGUUGCGAAUGACCUGAGAUAAACCGCUGCACACACAAGUGGAGCAUUUCAGGAGGGCAUGGUCGCAGAGGGAGUACUUUUGGCUCUCUCCCUUGCUCUUUUACAUCAUUUCGUCGUGCAGCUGGUGGCACUUGGUCGUGUUCUCGAGGCGCUUCUCGGUGUCACGCACCUCCUGAUAUACACACAACACAGGCAGGACAAGACAACACAAGGCAGGCGGCGUUCCUCCCGUUUUUGUUUCCCAAUUUGUGUGUGUGUGUGUGUGUGUACCUUACCCUUUUCUGGCUGUUCUCCAGGCGUUUGGCCUCGUGCUGGCACUUGAUGGUGUAGAUACCUGCGGCACACAGACAGAACACAAUACGCACACAUGGAAUGUGCGGUGCGCACGAGGCAUUCGUCCAUCCAUCCGUCCAUCCGUCCGUCCACGAGUCCACGAGUGCUUACGGUUAGCGUUGAGCAUCUGCUGGUACUUCUUGACCUCGUCCAUCUGGCUCGCCAAACGCUGCGCGGAACAAGAAACCCAUGAACCAUAUAUACACACACCACAGAUUGCAUGAGUUCGUCCCUCCCUCCUUUGUGAUAGUGCGUGCCUUAGUUUCCUCCCGCAGCCGCGUCCCGUGCUCGAUACGAUCCAUCAUAGCAGCGUGCCUUUUCUCCUGCACGCACAAGUAAAUCGACGGGAAAUCAUGUGUGCCAAGGCGGCCCUUGAUCCCUCUCGUCUGUGUAUGUGUGUGUGUGUGUGUGUGUGCAGUUGGCUCGCUCACAUAUAUGCGGGCGUGCAGCUGCUGUCGGUCCAUCAGCGCCUUCUGCCGACGACGCGCCUCGUUCUCGGCCUUCUCAUCCAAACGCUGACACAUGCAUGGCACACACACGAUGGAUGGAAGACCACCACACGCACGCACACACUCCCACACAGACAUACAUAGAUGCAUGGAUUUUGGUGCGAUGGAUGGAGUGGCGUGCAUACGAUACGCACCAUCUGGUGCUCCUGGAUCUUGGUGUCUCUGACGCUGGCGGUCUCCGUGAACGAACCCACCCGCUUGGUGUUCUCAUUAGCCUUACGAUUGGCCUUCUCGUCAGCAGCCUGAUCGCACACACACAAAAUUCCACAACGCAACACAUGCAGCACAGAAUUGGGCAUGAGCCGUCAGAAACCGGCAUCAUGGUUUGCUGAUAUUUGCUGACCUUGAGCCGGUUGAUGCGGUUGACGAUGCACUGGAACCUGUCGGCCAUGAGUUUCCUCUGCUUACCCAGCCGGUUCACCUCCAACACGCUACCCUGCCGCCCCGCACCCGCCACGGACGACUCCGCCGUGGCGCCCUCAUGCUCGUAUGCACCCUCACCCUCCUCGUAGGCGUAUGCAUCCACUACACCCUCCUGCUGCUGAUGCUGAUGCUGAUGCAUCCCGACCACUCCCUCUCCCUCCCCAGGCUGCGAAUCGAGCAUCUGCAGAUACCGCUGGUAGUGCUGAGGCGUCAU